AUGGUGUAUGGAAUCGUGAUUUUCACGGCCCAGGGGUCGGUCCCGCUUUUCUCGUCCUUCUUCACUCCGGAGGGCAACGACGACCAAAUGCAAAACCGCGAGCAGGCAGUCAUGCGGCGUGUCGUUGAAGACCGUCUCUUCCAAGUUCAGUGCGCCCGCGACGUUAUUCUGGCCUGCGCGCCCUCGCCCUCCUCGCCGACGGGCGCCGCAGCGUCGGCUGGUGCCUCGUUCUCGUUCAGCCGCUACGAGAGGAAGAAGGCGGCGGGGGCGGGCGCUCCAGGGGCUCGCUCAGGCGCCGACGCUGCUUGCCGCAGCCCGGCUAACGAAGCCCCAGGGGCAGCUGGGAAGCCGGGAGAGAGUGAGUCGUCGUUCGGCGGCGGAGGCGGAGGAGCUGUCGGAGCGGCGGCCACUGGAAACCGGGCUUUCCGAGCCUCGAACGCUGGCCGCGCUGCGACGGCGGGCAACGAGAAGGACCGAGAAACAGCGAGUGGAGGUGCCGCGGGCGCCGAAGCAGAGGCUGCGGCGAAGCGACGCGCAGCUGCCAGUGCUGCGGCGGCGGAGGUCAUGGAAGGCGUUUUUCUGCUUCAACAAGCCUCGCUGUUUGCUGCACCCAAGGUCGUCGUCUGGAAGCACGUGGAAAGCAUCAGCUACGCGUUGAUUUGCACUGCGCUUGACAACGUCCUCUUGGGCGCGAACUUCCUCACCCUGUUCAUUCACUGCCUCGCGGACAGUUUCGCCAGCGAUAAGGUCGCCUCCACGCAGGGGUCCUUCGCUCAGCAGCUGCUGAGUCACCCAGAUAUCAUUCUCCUCGUCCUGCACUUUCUUCUUCCAGGCGGGCAGCUGAUCUUCAUCAACGGAAACCAAGCCAAGUUCCUCAAAAAUAAAAUCAAGGCUGCAAUGGAGCAGAAGAGCAACUGA